GCAUUAUCUUACUUGACUUAAGACCACCUUGAGCUUUUUGAUCGCAUUGAUACCCAACAUCCUCUAUUCUUCCAUACAUCGUUCUCCGCGUGAUUGUCCCCGCCUGCCAACCUGGUGACGUCAUCAGCCGUUCAUACUUAAACCGACUGCACCACGCCAUUCUCUCUUCCCUUCUGCAUCCUCUCUAUCGUCUUCAAUAGACAAAAACACUUCUCCAAACCACUCAAUCUCUACCUCCAAUAUGCGUGCCAACGACACCACCACCAAGAUCUUCUACAAGGGUACUUCCGAGGACUUCAUCGUCUUCGUCGACGAUGUGAAGAUCCUCGAACAAUGGCGCCAGGACCGCUCUAUCUCUCUGGCCAAUGUGCUGAACGGCUGGAAGAUCUUUGUCACUCACAAGCACGGCGCCCAAGGUGUCCUUGACGGAGCCAGCAAGUCUACUUUGCAGAACGAAUUCGGAACCACCGACGAAGACGAGUGCAUGACGAAGAUCCUCGAGAAGGGUGAAUACCAGGUGACUCCUGGCAAGGAACACCAGGGUGAUACCAACCACAGCAAGGGUCCCGCUAUGAUCACGCGGUAA